AUGGGCAUCUCGACGAAGUGGCUCAGGUCAUUAGUUGGGUUGAGGAAGGUGGAGCGGCAGCAAUGGCAUCGUAAGGAGGAUGCAGAUGUUGGAGUUAGACCUGGACGAAUGGAAGCACAUCCAGAAUCUAACAAAAGAGUUCUUGCGAUAGUUGGUGCUCUUGAGAAAUUGGAGCUUAGUCCCAAGCAUCAUGGUUCACAGGUUCUUGAAAUUCAAAAUUUCAACCCUACUUCUCUAGAUGAUGUUGCACAUGUUCAUUCAAGAUCUUACAUCACUGGACUCGAAAAAGCAUGUGGCUACAGGCUAUGGGUAGAGCUUCAGAUGAAGACUUUCCAAGAAUCACUUCUAUCAGCUGGUGCCGGAAUCAAAUUGGUUGAUUCAGUGCUUGGAAGCUACCCAGGUACUGGUAAGAUCAAUGAAGUCGGACAGGGUGAUGGUGAAGGCAUGACACUCAACCUUCCUCUGCCCGGUGGCACAGGUGACUACGCCAUGAGGUGUGCAUUUGAUGAGGUCAUUGCUCCAUCGGCUCAUCGAAAUAAGCCGAGUGAGAUCCUCCUAUCCAUCCUUAAAAUCAAGGCUCUUCAGUUCAUGAACAUCCUGAGAAAUAACUCGUUGGUUAUAUGA